AUGGAGGGUGACAUCUCCCCCGGACAGAAGACAAGGGAAGGGGGACAUCUCCCCUGGACAGAAGAUAGGGGAGGGGGACAUCUCCCCUGGACCGAAGACAAGGGAGGGGGAUAUCUCCCCUGGACAGAAGACAAGGGAGGGGGACAUCUCCCAUGGACAGAAGAUAAGGGAGAGGGACAUCUCCCUUGGACAGAAGACAGGGAGGGGGACAUCUCCCCUGGACAGAAGACAAGGGAGGGGGACAUCUCCCCUGGACAGAAGACAAGGGAGGGGGACAUCUCCCCUGGACAGAAGACAAGGGAGGGGGACAUCUCCCCUGGACAGAAGACAAGGGAGGGUGACAUCUCCCCUGGACAGAAGACAAGGGAAGGGGGACAUCUCCCCUGGACAGAAGAUAGGGGAGGGGGACAUCUCCCCUGGACCGAAGACAAGGGAGGGGGAUAUCUCCCCUGGACAGAAGACAAGGGAGGGGGACAUCUCCCCUGGACAGAAGACAAGGGAGAGGGACAUCUCCCUUGGACAGAAGACAGGGAGGGGGACAUCUCCCCUGGACAGAAGACAAGGGAGGGGGACAUCUCCCCUGGACAGAAGACAAGGGAGGGGGACAUCUCCCCUGGACAGAAGACAAGGGAGGGGGACAUCUCCCCUGGACAGAAGACAGGGGAAGGGGACAUCUCCCUUGGACAGAAGACAAGAGAGGGGGACAACUCCCCUGGACCGAAAACAAGGGAGGGGGACAUCUCCCCUGGACAGACGACAAGGGAGGGGGACAUCUCCCCUGGACAGAAGACAAGGGAAGGGGACAUCUCCGCUGGACAGAAGACAAGACGACAAGGGAAGGGGGACAUCUCCCCUGGACAGAAGACAAGGGAGGGGGACAACUCCCCUGGACAGAAGACAAGGGAAGGGGACAUCUCCCCUGGACAGAAGACAAGGGAGGGGGACAUCUCCCCUGGACAGAAGACAAGGGAGGGGGACAUCUCCCCUGGACAGAAGACAAGAGAGGGGGACAUCUCCCCUGGACAGAAGACAAGGGAGGGGGACAUCUCCCCUGGACAGAAGACAAGGGAGGGGGACAUCUCCCCUGGACCGAAGACAGGGGAGGGGACAUCUCCCCUGGACAGAAGACAAGGGAGGGGGACAUCUCCCCUGGACAGAACACAAGAGAGGGGGACAUCUCCCCUGGACAGACGACAAGAGAGGGGGACAUCUCCCCUGGAUAGAAGACAAGGGAGGGGGACAUCUCCCCUGGACAGAAGACAAGGGAAGGGGGAUACAAUUAGUCGCCUCUGA